AUGCAGUCUCCCAAUAAGCAAGCUAGUGGCACGCCGCCCUCGAAGGUGUCAAAGACUCCGCGUGAAGCAAGACAGACGCAUCAUCGACAGCGCUCGGGCAUUUCAGCACCUGCUCAGCGCCCCGGACAAGAAGACUGGCGAAGGUGGCCUCAGAUCAGCAUCAGGCUACGAGGCCUCCCGAUCACCAGCGUCCAGGAUAUCCACUACGAAUUCACCAAGUACGGCAACAUUGUCUAUAUUGAGCACUUUGAGGGUAGGCAAGGCCAGCCCACCGGCGAAGCCCGUAUUCGGUUCGAACCACCUCCUGUGACCUCAUUCUGGUCCCAAGGUCGUUACAUCUUCGUUCGAGUGAACCUGCCGCCUGCCCAGGCGGCGAUUCCCAUUCGCAUCGAACUCGACCCGCCCUCCAACGCCUUUGGGGCCAUUCGUAGCACGGUCAACUCGAGGCUGUUCUAUCCGGCAAGGAUGACCUUGGACAUCAAGACGCUGGAGUUCGGUCCUACGGGUAAAGGGCCUGAGAUCAUGCCCAAGAAACAAGUGGUUUCCCAAGGCCAGGGCAGCGACUCCAAGUGUAUCAGGCUGAAGGCCGACUUUCGAAACAAAACCCUCGCAAUUUACUUCCCCAUCUCCGUAACGCCAGACGCCGAGUUGGGCCAAGUCUUUGGAGAGGAUUCUUCCGACAACGCCAUCCGUGAAUACAAGAUUUUGAUUGACCUCGCUCAUAUGAGGCGUGCGUCGCUCGUCGAUCUUGGAAAUGGCGAUUUUCAUCUCACGAUACCCCUUCGCUAUCCGCCAGCGUACUACUUCAAGAACAAAGAUAUUGCUCGCAGUUUUGAAGCCGACAGGCUCUUGUGGACCGAGAACGACCAGUGGGUGCGCGCCUCCCAUGUCCUCGACGACAACGACCUCCCCCAGGACUACAGCCUCGGCCUCCUUAACCAGUGGGAUGACCUGAGUUUCGUCGACAUUGGCCGCUGGACGACGUUCCGCAUGAGGCUUGACGCUCCUGGCCAAGACCUUCGCAAUCUUACAGGGGCACUUGAAGACCUCAAUAUCGAGCUCACGCGCCUUGAUAAGAGCUCAGAACUCCCAGAUCAGCCGUGCCUCAUCCCGUCUGAGAACCAAGCAGUUCGAAACAAGCCCGUCAAGACUUCCAAGCCAGAUCCAAACGAUGAUUGGCUUUCCUUGAUGCAUUCAAAUGCCACUUCUUCGCCCACGGCGAGAUUCUUUGACUUUCCCGUGCAGUAUCAACUCGAGGUUUGCAUCUCUCGUGGCGUCCUCUGCGAAUACAAGCUGUCGCAAGAGUUUCUAGAUCGUCUGCGAGGUCUCCAACAGGACCGCGCCAAAUGGAUACUGGAAUACUUUGCUGACCGAGGCAAGGCCGUCGAGCAGCCGAUGGACAUCUUUGAGAGUCAUGAAGCCAACUGCUACUACCCCAACCCGGUGGUGCCUCACUACUGCGCCAUUGUCCGAAAAGUCGUCGUCACGCCCACGACCAUCUACCUGAGCUCUCCUGGGGUCGAAGCCAGCAAUCGCGUGAUACGAAAGUACCAGCACGUCUCUGACCGCUUUCUCCGCGUCCAGUUCACGGACGAGCUCACGCGAGGCAGAAUCAGCACGCGAGCCAAGAUGGAGCUGGACCACUAUGUGUUCAAGAGGGUCUAUCUAACCAUGAUUAACGGCAUCCGCAUCGGCGACCGCCACUACAAGUUUCUGGCGUUUGGCAAUUCUCAGAUCAGAGAAUGCGGUGCCUACUUUUUCUGCGAGACUGUCCAUCUCAAGUGCACCGAGAUGCGUCAAUGGAUGGGGAAUUUCAAUCACAUACACAUCGUUGCCAAAUUCGCAGCCAGACUGGGACAGUGUUUCUCUACAACGCGCGAGAUUCGCAGCAUUCGGGCCCCCAAUAUCCAGAUCAUCCCCGACAUUGAAAGAAACGGCCAUUGUUUUACAGAUGGCGUCGGCAAGAUCUCCUCUUUCCUCGCCAGCAUGGUACUAGAAGAGAUGGGCCUCGAGACAGUCGAGACGCCAUCGGCUUUUCAGUUUCGCAUGGGCGGCUGCAAAGGCGUUCUUGCCGUAUGGCCCGAGGCCAAGGGUAUGUAUGUGCACAUUCGGAAAUCGCAGGAGAAGUUCAAGGCGACUUUCAACGGUCUCGAGAUAAUUCGCUGCGCGCGGUUCUCCGCGGCCACUCUGAACCGCCAGACCAUUACGAUCCUCACAUCCCUGGGCAUCAAGUCAGAGGUCUUUAUGGACUUGCUUCAAAGACAGCUCCAUAGCUACGAGAAGGCCAUGAAUGACCAGGGUGCCGCUGCGGUUCUCCUCGGCCGUCACAUUGACGAGAACCACACAUCGCUGGCGCUCAGAGACCUGAUCAACUGGGGGUUCAUGCGCCAUGAUGUCCAAGAGCCCUUCGUCCUCACCAUUUUGCAACUCUGGCGGGUGUGGUCCAUGAAGCUACUACGGGACAAGGCACGCAUCGUGGUUGACAAGGGUGCUUUCGUCCUCGGCUGCGUCGAUGAGACGGCAACCUUGCGAGGCCAUAACAGGGCGAGCGAAGGUCAGACCACGUCGAGAAACGUGGAACUACUGCCUCAGAUCUUUCUUCAAAUUCCAGAUCCUGACGAUCGACAUUUCUUCAACGUCAUCAAAGGCGUGUGCAUUGUCGGCCGCAACCCUUCACUGCAUCCAGGAGACAUUCGCGUUGUUGAGGCCGUCGACGUGCCCCAGCUGCGUCACAUGAAGAACGUAGUCGUCUUUCCGAGCACGGGCGAUGUCGACGUUCCAAGCAUGCUCUCUGGAGGCGACCUGGAUGGCGACGACUUCUUCGUCAUCUGGGAUCCCGACUUGAUCCCUCCGGUGUGGAACUUUCGGCCGAUGGACAACGCGGCGCCGCAAACAAAGGUCCUUGAUCGGGACGUCAAUACAAAAGACCUCAGCCUGCAGCUUGCCAAACUCCAUUCCAAAGCCGUGGACUACGUCAAGUCAGGCGAUCCAGCCGAGCUCGGCCGCGAACUUCGAGCUCGCAGAUGGCCCCAUUUCAUGGGCGGACGCCGCAACAAGAACUCCAUCUACCACUCGUACACGGCCCUCGGACAGAUCUACGACAGGAUCCAGGACGUGCCGUUCAACCCGCUGUACGAGAAGAAGUUUGACCGCCGCAUCCUCACGCGCUUUGCGCCAAUCGACAAUGCGGUCCUCAAGCAGGCGCGCCGCCUCAAGUCGACCUACGACACGGCCAUGCGGCGCCUCAUGGCCCAGCGCGAGGUGUCGACCGAAUUUGAGAUCUGGACCGGAUUCCCGCUGUCCCGACCGCGCGUCGGCAACGCCUACAAGCACUCGGAAGACAUUGGCCGCGAUGCCGGUCUCUUGAAGCAGUCCUUUCGCGACGAGGUGCACGCCCUCGUCGGCGGCAGCGGCUACGACAAGGUCGCACCGUUUGUCGCGGCCAUGUAUCAGGUCACGGCCCGAGGAGGUCAGCAUCGCGCUGCACCGCCGCCGCGAAGGGCGCGUGUUGCUGGCGACCCGGAGGCUCUGCCCAGCCGGGAAGAAGGGAACAUGAAGGGGGCAUGCCCUCCUCAUUACGUUUCCGUUGGAUCUACCACUGGGUCCUCCGGCCCGCAUCGCGACGGACGACGCAAAGACGAGGCGCCGACGUUGUUCACGGAUACCGGCGUUCGACCUACAUCCACCGCGCUGGGCACGUUCAACCGGCAGGAGGGAGACGUCUUGUCCCAUCGCGGCCAGCUCCUCCCACAGUUCGACCGUGAUUCCGAGGACGAGGACGAAGGCGCCCAUGACGAUGGGACGGUCUACGCGCCGCCGUCUCUUGAAGAGACACAGGCCACUGCAGCUACAAACAAAGUCUCCGCACAGGACGACGCAGGGGUGGCAGUCACCGACGAACCAUCUCAAGGCCACGGCAGCACCGAACACUACAGAAAGGAGGGCACCGCGCACGAUCGAAAGGUGGACAAGCCAUCCGACACGCCAGCAGUGAAGGAGCAGAAGAUGAAGAAGACGGACGAACAGCAGGCUGAGCUCCAGGAGAGCGGCGACAAGCUAGACCCCUUCGCUGCCAUCUUCAACAUGCAGAAGAUGCGCUGGAACGCGCAGCCCUCCUCGGCCCAGGAGACACGCCCGCACGAGCCCGUCGGCCGGACGCCGCCGCGUCGCCACGCAACCCCUAUCCUGAGGCCGGUGAGGCAAGAUGCAGCAGCAGGGCAAGUCGCGGAGGCCGCACAAACCCAGAAGCCCCCUGACGAGACAUAUCCGGCGAUGCCGCGGACUGUCGAGACGGUCGAGGCUGUCGAGCAGCUCGACUACAGCAGCGCUAGCGACGACGACGAUGAGGAAGGGGGCAACCUCUUUGAGCGGUUUGACAGGCUCAUGGGCGGCAGCUGA